AUGGUUAGAGAAUCAUUUUUCUUAAUUACAUCAGCGCUGUUCAUUCUUUUGACGUUAAUUACAAUUAUAUUUGCAUUAAUCACCAUUUUAAUUAUUGUUUACAAUUGGAAAAGUCAAACACGAUCAAUAACGAAUCUUUUAACUUGCAAUUCAUGUUUUACCCUGCUCUAUCAUUCGCUAGCAACACUACUCGAAAUUUUGUUUCUAUCUUUUCCAGUCAACACGAUACUUUGUCGAAUUCGGGCGUACAUCUACUAUUCUUCGUGUAUAUCAUUAAGUUAUUCGUAUUUAAUUCAUGCCAUAUCUCGAUAUUUCAUCACCAUUCGUUACCAACAUAAGAUGCUCUUAACGUUUCAUUUGAAUUGGAUACUGAUCGUUCUAAAUUGGUUCAUCAGUGCAUUUUUCGGUAUGAUUAUGUUAUUAAUACCAUUGGCAUUGCAAUACGAAUACGAAUCCCGGAUGUGUUUGCUUACUAGUAAAGUUUUUCUCACUUCAUUGAUCGGUGUUAUGAUCGCUUUUUGUUUUCCAUUCUUGGCCAUUAUCUUUCUCUACGCUCUGAUUCUCUACCAUACAACAACAAGUCGUCGACAUCUGAGUGUUUUUAACACCAUGCGAUUGCGACGGAAUUUGAAAGUUUUUCAGAUGAUUCUCAUGUUUGUUUGCAUACUCGCUAUUGGCGGCACACCUUAUUUUAUUUGUGUAAUGAUGAACCGUGUUACGCAAAUCCCUUGGCCAUGGUAUUCGCUCUCGAUUUUAUGUAUUUCCUUGUCCGCUGCAUUGGAAUCGUUAGCAUUAUUGUUUAGUAAUUCUUUUGUUAAGAGACGAUUUCUCGAAUUGAUUCAUCUUCAACAACGAACUGACAUCAAUAUUCUGAUAGGUCAGCAUCAACACUCGACGAAUUAUAAUAAUCACGCUGAAAAUGUACCGUUGCAUGUUUCGCUUUUGACGACAAAGGAUAAUUUACAUGAAGAGAGUAAAGUGAACUGA